UUAAACUCAUGGCUUUAAUGUAACGACUUUUGAAAGGACCAUAACUUAAGAGGCUGCCUAACACAUCACUUACUACACUUCACUUCCUCCGGGAUGUGGAGACGCUGGAUAAACAGAUGCUCUGACGGGAUAUUUGGUGUUCAGCAUAUUUGACACCCAUCUGCUGGGAGAGUUUAGGAGGUUGGAGUAGUUCCAUCUAUUUCCCUCUACCGUUUGCUGUGCGCUCUCAGAUACCCACGGCGCACUGUUUUCCUGCAGAAGGGCCACGGGGAACUUCGGGACGUGAAGAUAAGCAGGAGAUUCGCCCACAGUCCAGGCCGGCUCAUUGUGCCUGUUGUGAAAGGCAUCAUGAAGCUGACUUCUUUUAUUCUUUGUGCCACUUAAUCAUAUUUCCUGUGGUCCUUUCUCCCUGUAUGCUUUUCUACACUCGUGGUCCUUGAGCAUCGCUAACCUGGAGGGCAGAGCCAGGGUCUUCCGGGCUCUGAUUGGGUUUGCCCUGUUCUCCAUCCGGUACCAUGCGCACGGGUGAUCUUAAGUCAUAGGCUGGUUCCUUUGCGGUCUUUAGCAGUUCACACACAUCUGUACAUCCGGUGAGGCACUUUGCAUAGCAAGUCACUGUGCAUCUCCACUCCUGACAUGUACCAGUCGGCCAAGGCAGCCACCCCUUGAGGAAUCACUGUAUUUAAGAGUGAAACACCAUCCUUAUCAAUCACUCAACCCCAAUCCUCCAAAGCAGAAAUUGAGCGCAGCUGUCUCAGAUCUUUUUCAUUAUUAUGGGAAGAUGCUUGCCACAUUUUUGGCAGUGGCUUUUGAAAGCACUCUGUGUUCUCAAUUUGCCAGUUUUUAAAUAGCACACACAUUUCACCAAGUUUUUAUUCUGCUGAAUAAUGCUCUGAAGACUUUCUCGUAAGAACACCCCUGGGACCUUCUCUAUGUUAAGACGGUACCGAGCAAUUGAAAACAUUCUGCAGGCGCCUGAGCUCUGCCUAGUUUAACUCUCAGCCAUAGCAGCGGUCCAGGGAUCUGGGCCAAGACUGAGCACUGGGUGCCAGCAUGCAACCUAUUUUAGGAGCAUAAUAGAAAAGUAAUUUGCCACUCACUCUUUUGCAUCCUGUGCUCAAGUUGAAUUCUUUAUAUCCGCAUCCCCAGACAAAGAAUGGUUUAUAAAAUUUGCUCCAAGCAGUUUAGAAAACUCAGCUUGGCACUCAAGCAGAACAAAGAUUAUAUGGUUUUUUUCCCUAGGAAACAUUUUCUUCCUCAGAGUAAAAUGUAGUCACAAGGCAAGAUAGGAUCGUUGGAACCAUCAAAGGAAAUAACAGCCCUGUGAAGUGCCGGGCAGAGUCCAGCACACUGUAAAUGCACCACAGGGCACCUGCUGUAUGCAGUGUGUGGCAGAGGAGAGACGAGGAUGAGCGAGACCCACUUCCUGUCUUCAGUGGGUCUCAAGGCGGCAAAGGGAGUGAUGAGUCAAGGACAUAACUGCUCCGCUCCAGUGGAGCAUCUUGCUGGGAAAAUCAGGAAGGAACACUUACUUUCUGCAUGGAAAUGAUUUAUUCCCACAGGAAGAAGCUGUAGCAGAGGAGAGCCCAGGCAGGGAAGCCAGGAACCACAGCCUGACCUUUAUAUGGGCCUCUGGGCCCACAAUUCCAAUUCCUUAAGGGCCAGGUGUUAAAGUGGGAAGGGUAUUGGAACAUUUUGGCACCCCAAAAUAGCCCUUUUGGCAUGAGGAUUAUUGGGAGAAACAGCAAACACAGGAAAAGCUCAGAAAACAGAGCAGAAGUUGCCCUUUUGUAAGCGAAAUUUACCUGUAUAAAGGAUGUCUCCGUAUGAAGGGUAUCUCCUUUCUGUACCAGGAUGAGAAGAGGCUUGCAAGUCACAGGAACUCUUACAGUGCAGAAGGCACCACUUAAGUCUGUGGAACAGCCUUACCCUUGUUCACCGAGCUUUUCCUGGGAACCUCCCAUCACUGGCUCCCCCACCUUUCUGUCUUUUGCCUUUAGCUGAAGAUGGUAUUUAAGCUGGUGGCUUAGACCACCUGGGGAGUUACUCAGUUUUCCCUGGGUCUCCCAGGUAGACAGGAGGUAGGCGUUAAUAAACUUCUGUUUGCUUUUCUCUUGUUGCUCUAUUAUUACAGGGGUCUCAGCUAAGAACUCGGAGGGGUAGAGGGAAAAUUAUUUUUUCUCCCCUACAACCGUCUCUGUCCUCUCCAGGAAUCCCAGUCCUGUCACUCUAAGGAGGGGACUCAGGAUCCUUGCUCAGUGCCAGACAUUAGCUCUUGACCAAAGCCGCUGGCUGUCCUGGUGGGGACAAGAAUAAGACACUGCCCCCAAGGAGAAGGAGGGCCUCUGGCCUUGGGGAGGAGAGAGGGGGUGGGAUGGGCCAGGGAAGAUCCCAGGAAAGAGGGACGGGCCUCCAGAACAAGCCCAGAUAAGGGACAAAGACCUGUCAGUGCCCGGCUGAGAGAGGAGAACAAAGAAGAGAACAUCCUGGCCGCACAUCCCUGGGGCAUGGCACAGGUGGCUGGGGCCUCCUGCCCUCGGGCUGCUCCGGGCCAGCCCUUUGUGUUCAAGCUGGUCCUCCUGGGAAGUGGCUCUGUGGGCAAGUCCAGCUUGGCUCUCCGGUAUGUGAAGAAUGACUUCAGGAGUACCCUGCCUACCGUGGGAUGUGCGUUCUUCACAAAGGUGGUGGAUCUGGGUGCUGCGUCUCUGAAGUUGGAGAUCUGGGACACGGCCGGCCAGGAGAAAUACCACAGCGUCUGCCACCUCUACUUCAGGGGAGCCAAUGCUGCGCUUUUGGUGUAUGACAUCACCAGGAAGGAUUCCUUCGACAUGGUUCAGCAGUGGCUGAAGGACCUGGAGAAGGAGUUCCACCCAGGAGAGAUUGUGGUGAUGCUGGUCGGCAACAAGACGGACCUCGGCGAGGAGCGGGAGGUGACGUUUGAGGAGGGGAAGGAGUUUGCAGAGAGCAAGAGGCUGCUGUUCAUGGAAACAUCGGCCAGGCUGAACCACCAGGUGACCGAGGUCUUCAGCGCAGUCGCCCGAGAGCUGCUGCAGAGAGAAGAGAGGAAGGAGGGCCAGACCCAGCGGAGAGAUGCUCGGCUGGCUCUGAACGAGAGGCCCGCGGGACAGGCCAAGUGCUGUGCGCGCUAGGAGCAGCCACUGCAGGAGGGGCUGUGGGCAGGACGCCCCCAGGUCCAGCCCCGGCUGGUCCUCAGGGUGAGCCGCUGCCUGCUCCGUGUUGACGGUGGCACUAAUUUUCAUUCACCCUUGAUGCUGCCUUGUUCCUGAGUCCUAGAGGUGACCUGAAGCGGGUAUCCCGGAGAGCAGCCACUUCCCAAAGCUGACAGGAGUCAUUCAGGAGAGGAUCCCGUGCCACACGGCUCCCAGAGGAUGUCAGCCCCGUCUCCCCAGACACCCACAUACCGAUUGAUUCCUGGAUACUCGGGCCACGUGGGCCUACCGCUGCCUGGAUUGCUGUCCCCUCAGCUGCCUGGCCAUCAGUUACAGAGGAAUGAAAUGGGUUAGAAGGGAGACAAGGAGCAGAAAGAUACUUGGAUCACUGUCGUGGAUCACUGUGGUGGCUGGACAGUCACCUUACACCUGCUGUUGGGCAGGGGCUGCCUGGUGGCCGGGCCCACCUGCUCCUGGGAGGUGGGAGAGGAGGGAGCAGGCCCAGAUGGAGGCAGCAGUGUCUGGAAGAAAUGGAGCAGCCGUGGGGGGCUGGGUCCAUCUCCUCCGGAUCUCAGUGAGUGGCCCCCAGGAAUGACAGCAUCUGCCAACGAGCAGCCAGGGGCCCUCUUCUGGCUGUAAAUUUGAUGACCCGAUGCUUGUGCCCAGUGAGCGUGAGGAUUCAGACUUUUGACCUGAGGUAUAAGUGGUACUCUCUAUGCGUUUUUCUCCAAAAGUUAAACCGCUUUCUGUAAUCUGGUCUUUGGUGAGUUGGCAAGGUGGGGUUUGUUAUGGCGCAUAUUCUAGGGGGACUCAUGGUGAGUAAGUCAGGAUGUAGGCCCAUGUGGCAGGCUGUGACUACACUGGGCAUGGGCCAUCUCUCUGCUGGUGACACGUCAUGUAUUCACCUCAUUGCUGUGGCCUUUACAGAGGCCCAGAUGGUCACUCUGGAAGGUGAGCCCUAGUGGCAAGGUGAAGGUAUUUCAAAGGCUAUUUUUGGGGGGUUAGUGUUGAUUUUCAUCCUUGCUUCUGGGACUCUGAUAAGCAGAUCUGAAAUUUUAAAUCAUAAGACACUUUUAUCCAUCUGAAAAGGGCGGCUCCAGGACAUUGACUAUAAGGAUGGACAGAAGGACAAAUGCAUAGCAUCCUUUUCCCUUGACUCUGAACUUCCUGACAGACCAAAAGGGUGCUCCAGCGUUCCGAGGGGCUCCUUCCGUCUUCUCCUCCAGGCUUGCUCUCUGCUUUUGUUCAACCUACAUGGGAACAUCAUCCCAGCCCCUGGGCCUGGAACUUGGGUGCAGCUCAGCCGACGAGGAGCCCUGGCAGGGUAUGGACCAGGGCAUGGACACCAGGCAUUGGCCAGGAUCCAUCUCAGUGAGGUCACGUCAGCAUGGCCUGUCCCCACCCAAGGUCACAGCUCCCCUCGAGGAGGCCUCCCCUUCCAGGAUCUGGCCGUGGCUCCCUCCCUCGUGUCAGUCCUGGGGCUGCCAUGCUCUAACCACACCUUGGCAGGCGUUAUCCUCGCUGGGGGGAGUUGGGUCCCUGGCAGAUCCAGCUUCUGUUCCGGGAAGAUGGAAACAGCCCAUGUGUCCCACGGAUCCAGACUUUCCUGAUGCUUCUCUUGAAAGAAACUUCUCCUGUGAUCUUUCUAAACAAAAGCAGAUUUCACAAGCCUCUUCCCUGUGAUGAUCUUCGAGAAAAGCUAAAGGAUAAAUAAAAAUAGCUGCCGAGACAGCCUGCUCCCUUGAUGUCACUCACACUUUUUCUUAGACAAUGUCGUAGGUGAAACCUGGCAGCUUGUGGCUGCGUGUGUUGCACUUUCUGAAUGCAGUGAAGUUGGACGGUUUUCCAUAUGAUUAUUCCCUCGUAGAUGAAGUAUGUGAGGUGUGAGUCCCUGGUGUGCCAGGCUGCAUCCUCAGGGCUGCGGACCCCUCUGCACCAACCAGGAGAGAUGGACCCACCUUGGAGGCGGCGGGAGGCCCAGGCUGCUCUGGCCACUAGAUGGCGCUCCAGCCUCGUGUAAGGCAAACCCAGCACUCCCAGGUCCUGCAAAUGUUAGUUCUGCAAAAGGCAAGGCUUUCAGAGGUAUUUCUGAUGAGUGGGUGGAUGAAAUAGGAAGUGGGAAAUAACGAUGAUGUUCGCAGGAUGUCUGUAUCUCUUUGCCUAUUUCCCUCCUGUCUUGUCAAGCUGGUAUCACUGUGCUAGAAUUUAUUAUUAAACCAUAUCCUCGGAUGCAUUCCAAGGCAUCCUUUCACGGC